UCAUUUCUCUGGCAACAUUUGACGUAUCCCUCUGUAAACUUUGAACACACGUCAAACAGCUUGCUGUUUCACGUCAAACAUUUGUCCACAGGAUUCCCCAAAAUCUCAAAGAGAGAGCAAAAAAUGGAUUGCACUUGUGUUGAUUCUGCCAUUGACCAGCUAUCAAGGCUACUGAAAAGACCAUCCUUGACUUUGCUUAUGAGGCAGGAAAUCCGUACCCUUUUACUGGAUUUAAGAUUUCUGAAAAUGUUCUUCAGUUGCUUGGCAAAGUGCAAGGCUGCUGAGGAGGACACCACUUUGCAUCAUUUGAGAUCAUCUCUCCUGACGAAUGCUGAAGCUAUGAUGGAGGAAACAGGACAGGACCUCUAUGAUGCUGGUUAUUUUGCAUCCAUUGGAAUAGAUGUGAAAUAUUGGAACCUUGUUGCAGCUAAGUUGCAAGAAAAAGUUGAACAUCUCAAGCCAGAAAUCAGGAAUACUUGUAUUCUCUUGGUAGAUUGCUCUUUAGAGCUCAAGACUUCUAACAGUGGUGGUAUCCUGGAAUUUAUGGAUUCUAUCCUGAUGAAUCUGGAGGAUCUUGUCAACUCUCGUGAUGGUAUUUUUGUUCCUGUGAAAGUGCAAACAGAAGCCCUUCAAGAGAAGCUAAGGUUCUCCAGAAACUUUCUUGACUUCACGAAAAAAUGGUGUUGUAGGCAGGAGCAGGACAAACUGGAAGCUUUCUCGACUGUUCUUCGAGAUUGGGCUAAAAAUACAGCGUGUUUGUCUAUUCUGUACUGGAUAGAUGGUGUAGAUGAAAACAUGGGAGCUUAAAUCAAUACUAUGCUUCAUAAAAU